CUGCAGGAUCUCCUGGACUUUUUAAGGAGAACUGACCUGAAACCGAACCAGAUUCAUGUUUUUGUUUUAUUAUGACAGAUCCGUGGAGCUCUUUGCGUCUCUCAGAGAAGUUUAGAUGAUCCCUCAGAGGACAACCCAGACAUGAUUCUAGUUCUGUCCUAGAAGAACCGGACCUUCCACCCAAAGACCGGCUGACCUCUGACCCCUCCUCGCCAUGGACGUCCGCCUGCGGGCCAACUCUCAGCUCCAGUACCAGGUCAACGGCGGCGCGUGUCAAACCUCCAGACUGGUCGAAGACACCACGCUGCACUUUCUGAGCCGGGAGGAGAAGGAGUGCCUCCAGUUCUUUGAAGACACCAUCGAAUCAUUGGAGGAGAGUCUGGAGGUGGACAACCCGAGGCCUGGGCAUGUGACGCUCCCUGAAAGCAGCACGCGCUCUGUCAAUCACGUUGAUGGACUCCCUGUUCUGAGCGCAAACCGCAGGGUCAAUGUGUCGUCUCACCAGGAUAUAAUUGACCUGGUCCACCAACAACCAGACGUUCAUAAUCAAGAACCAAUCUUCAACCCCACCAACCCAGAUUUUCAGCAUAUGUUACAAGCUCCUGAAAGCCACUUUGAGGUAAAGCCUACACGUGAGAGUUUACCUUCAGACUAUGACCCUCCCCUACCAAGUGGAAGCUACGGAUCACCUGAUGGUCAUUCCUCUUACCACCCUCCUGGUUGUGUCCCCACACCUGUCUUGAUUGCCCAGAAGAUAGCAGAGAACAAGGGAGAAGGAACAACAAAUCUGCGUCCUUCCACAUUACUUCGUCGUCUUAGUUCGGAGUCCAGCAGGCCAAACGUUCAUGUGAAACUUGCUCCUCAUACCUCUGCUAAGCACAGCCGCUAUCCUUCAAACAUCAAUGUGCUCCACAGCAACAAGGAGCAACAAAGGCCAGUGGUUAAUGUAAGCAUUCCUGAGAGACAGGAACAGAUGCUGUCAAACCUAUCGGGUCCCUCUUACCCUGUAGUGCCAGACAACUCUCAGCAAUUUACGGAGCAGACGGAUCGAAACACUCCGGCUCGUCGUAUUUCUUUUAGAGACCCUGAACCAGACAAAUCCAGGAUGGAGGCCUUGUCUAAGCUGGGCUUGGACAAGCAGAGGGCCACCUCAUUCCACACGACUGACGGCACUUCACAGGACCUCCCCAAAGUAGAUACCAAAGCCAAAACCGCAGAGCCCAGUGUUGCUCCUGCAACACAAAGGGUCUUCAGCGCGCCAGAACCAAAUGCUUUAAUACCACCUCCAAGCUACUUUCACAGUGACAAAAAAACUGAGAUCUUGUCGACAUAUCCCCCUAAGGGCCAAGCUGAAAGAAGCUUCCGGGAGAAGCCAUCAUCUCCAACAACUGCCAAUCUCUCCCCUCCUCCUUCUGAAGUUACCAAUUUGGAGUUUAACAACUACGGAGGAAAAUCCAUUGCUGUCCAUCCUUCAUUUUCCUCAAAGAAUGAACCUAUCACCCAGCCAACCAGCCCUGAACCUAAAAACCUCCCACCUACACUGUCUUACCCUGCAGAGCUUAACCCCUAUGGAGGAAAGACUAAAGUCAUUGUCCCUGCAUCUGCACCCACAACGAGGACCAAUCUUCCCGACAUCCUCAGCUCCCAUAUUGACAAGAGCCACCCAGCACCUGCUAAACUAGAGCCACAACUUGCUGAGCUCAACAGCUCUGGAGGAAAGAGCUGGAGUAUCAACCCCAUCCAGCAGGUCAAAUCGCCACCAAGCAGCUCUGUUAAAAUUCCUAAAUUUCCACCGCCGGCCACGGCCCCUAGACCUCAUCGAAACACCCAUCAAGGGAUUAACACUCCUCCGAAAUCCCCCGCUCAGGCCUUGUCUUCUGAUCACAGUAGUAAGCCCAGCUCCAUGUUCCGUCCUCAGGGUAUAACAGUGCAGUUUUGUGGACUGGGGCCCAUGAAUGACUCGCGCAGAGAGGCGCUCAGGAAACUGGGGCUGUUCAAAGACUGACGACAGCACCCAUUCCUAACACGAUGUGCAGCCAAACCAGAACUUCUACUUGGUAAUGGCCAUGGUAUGUGAGAAGUUUCCACAGUCGCCUGAGUGUGAGGUGUGGUUGAAGACAGACCAGCAUUUACAGAGGAAUGAAACUCAGAACCUGAUACACCUGCAUAGCAAGUUUUUAUCUUCUUGCUAUUUAAAGAGAACCUGACUGCACAGCUGUUGCAUACUCAACAUUGUUUCCAUGAUCCAAAUCUCCACAGCUGCUGUGUCAAGACUUAAAGACAUUGUGUACCUCACCUGUGCGUAAGCUGUCCCA